UGUUUUUUCGCGUCGACGGUUUCCAAGUGCAACUACCACUGGAUGUCGUUUUUCAAUACAUCCUCUUUUCCACUAUUUUUCUCUGUUGUUAUUUAAUUUUUCUGCCUGGCGCUUUCAUCUGUGGAUCUCACUCGUGCGGCGGUUAAUCCGUAAUCUCUCUGUCGGAAUAUCGAAUGUUGUGUUUGAUUUAUCGAUGGUGAUUCGACACUUAUCAGGCGUCGCGCAUACAAUAACCGUUCCAAAGUCCUCUUCGCUCCAUCUUAUCAGGUGUGCUGGUUGCCCUGUGUGUGCAUUUAUACGGCUGACAGCGGGGACGCACGGGUAUGAGCUUUAAGACGCGCUCCUCCUCACUGAACAGCGGCAUCAGCGCAAGCAGCAGCGGCCCCACACCAUCGAACCCGGUGACACUGACGCCAGCCGCGAUGGCAGCCAAGAUGGUCCCCAGCGAUGAACAUGUGGUGCCGGGCCUCCCGCAUGCGGCCAGUGGCCCGUUGAACGGCAACGGGACGUCCGUGCAUCCCGAUCUGGAUAAGGUGGCCAUUCUCGAUGCGGGCGCGCAGUAUGGCAAGGUGAUUGACCGUCGUGUACGCGAACUGAACGUCUACACAGAAAUCCUCCCGCUGGAGACGCCGCUCUCCGUCUUAUUGGAGCGGAAGUUCAAGGCGGUCAUCAUUUCCGGUGGACCACAGUCGGUGUAUGCGACCAACGCGCUUACCUACGACAGCCAGUUGUUUACCAGUAAUUUGCCUGUCCUGGGCAUUUGCUACGGGUUUCAGCUGCUGAAUAAAGCCUGCGGUGGCACCGUGGCCAAAACCCAACGCCGCAACGAUGGACAGACGGAAAUCCUGGUGGAGCCCAGUAGUGCGCUGUUCAAGGGAAUGAAUCCGUUGCAGCAUGUUUUAUUGACACAUGGUGAUUCGGUCAUUGAAGUUCCGCCGGAGUUAAAUGUGAUUGCCAAAUUUGACAACCUCGUAGUCGGUGUGUCGAAUGAAAAGCGCAAAAAAUACGGUGUCCAGUUCCAUCCGGAAGUGGAUUUGACCACCAACGGGAUGGAGAUUUUUAAGAAUUUCCUUUUCCGCAUUUCCGGUAUCCGGCCGAAUUUCAUCAUGCAGAACCGCGAGGAGGAGUUGGUCAAGUUCAUCCGCAGUACCGUGCGUGAUAAAAAAGUACUGCUCCUGGCCAGUGGCGGAGUGGACAGUACCGUCUGUGCGGCCCUUUUACGGAAAUGUAUUCCCCCUGAUCAGCUGAUCGUUCUGCACAUAAACAAUGGAUUUAUGCGGAAAGACGAGUCCAAGAACGUCAUGGAGCAGCUGAGCAAGCUGGGCAUUCAGGUGGAAUAUCGCAAUUGUAGUGAUCGUUUCCGCUAUGCACGCCGGCGCCGUUUAGACGAUCCGACCGACGGCGGCGCGUACAUUUCGCCGAUUCUCAUGGAGACUGUGGAUCCUGAGGAGAAGCGGAAAAUUAUUGGUGAUACUUUCAUGGAGGUGACCAAUCAUGUCAUCCGGGAAGAAUUGAAACUAGUGGAAGCGGAUGUGCUCGUGUGUCAAGGCACGUUGCGUCCGGAUUUAAUAGAAAGUUCGUCGAAGCUUGCCAGUCAGCACGCCGAGGCCAUUAAAACCCAUCAUAAUGACACCGAUUUCGUACGCGAUCUGCGGAAUAAAGGUCGUGUUAUCGAACCCUUAAAGGACUUUCACAAAGAUGAAGUGCGCCGAUUGGGCAAGGAUCUCGGUUUACCGGAAGUUCUCGUUAUGCGACAUCCUUUUCCGGGUCCGGGAUUAGCGGUGCGGGUGAUAUGCGCUACGGAGCCGUAUCGUGGCCGGGAUUAUGAUAAGACUGUGAUGUUAUUGCGAAUAAUUUGUUCCUUUGCCAAACCGGUGUGGCACUUGUCAGUUAUGCAUGAUAGCGUCAGGGCAACCCUGACAAAAGAAGAAGUCGACUUUCUAACCGAGGCCAGUGACUACAAUAUUGCCGGACAUGUGCUUCCCAUCCGCUCCGUUGGCGUUCAGGGCGAUGGUCGAUCGUUCAAGCAUGUGGCCGCCCUGUCGAUGGAGCUGGAAACCGGCAAGAUCCCUUGGAAAGUGCUGUUCCGUUUAGCCGAAAUUAUCCCGCGCAUUUGCGAGCAGAUCAGCCGGGUGGUGUACGUGUUCGGGUCGCGCGUCGAACACGAGAUCGAGUUCAUCACCGAGACGACGCUCCUGCCGCAACAUGUCGUGGCCAAACUGCAGGAAAUUGAUUCACGUGCUCAAACGAUAUUAUGGGAGAGUGGACACUACAAUGCAGUUGCUCAGAUGCCGGUAAUACUCAUUCCUGUCGUGUUCGACGUGGACACGGUGGAUCCCAAUUACGCCGGACGGCAGCAUUCGGUGGUGCUGCGGCCCUUCAUCACCAAUGAUUUCAUGACAGGGAUUGCCGCUGUACCCGAUGUACACCUACCCGAAAGUACGAUACUGGAUAUGGUGAGUGCCAUAAGCGAUGUGGGCGGGGUGUCGCGCGUUGUCUACGACCUGACCUGCAAACCGCCGGGGACGACGGAGUGGGAAUAAGAGGGUAUUUUUGCUUUUUUGUAGUCGGUAUAAUUGUUUUCACGAUGGUGUGACGUCGAGUAUAAAAAACCGUUUGAAUGAUUUCUCUGAUGGAGAACAGUCUGCGCUUCCGGAUUUGUAAUGAAACCUGCCGGGUGGAUGUGUUUGGCCAUUGGUCAGUUUGGUUGCUUUCUGUUUAUCUGGUUUUCGUUUUUUUUUCUGUUUCAGCUUUGUUUAAUGUUUGUUUGUCUUGGCUGAAAGUAAUUUAUUGGGAGAUUUUCGUGAAAAAUUUUGAGUUAACUGGAUAACUCUGGAUGAUUGAUGGGCGCGCACUUACAUAAAAUUUAGCGCGCAGCACUUGCAUAAAAUUUAAUACGGUUUAAUAAGAUUUAAUAAACAUGGCGAAUUUUCA